CUGUGUUUGUGGGUACAUACUUGACAUUUCAUUUUCUUUUCUGUGUCACUGUGUGCUUGAGGCAAAUACAAUAGGCCAGCGUGCUCUCGUGAAUUUAAGGAGAAUAUAUUUUAAUAUAAUUUAUCUAUCAUUCUGUCUUCUCUCUGUUUUUGGCCUAUAAACCUUCAGACUUUUCAAAACUUCAUUUUUUAUGUCUUGAAAACCAUUGCUUUUUUAGUUAAAAUGAGUUAUGAAUUUCUUUGAAGUCCUGUUUAUUUUAAUUUUACUUUCUUACAUUUAACAUUCAUAAUAUGAAUUCAAAUUUAACUCAAUUUAAAUUCAUGAAUUGAUUUGUAAUUUAAAAGGAAUUUUCAAUUCAGUUCUGAAUGAUCCAGUUUUUAUCUUCACCUUAAGUUCAUUUUUUAUUGUUGUUCUCCUAAGUAAAUGAUCACGUGCAAUUCUAACUUAGUUAUUCAUUAGGAAUGCAGACCUAGCCUACUGAAAGGUGUGGUUAGAAGGAGCUUGAAAAGGAAAAGAGAUUAGACAGAGUCAUACGUCAUUAUCUGUAAGAAAGAGAGAAGAAACAAAAACGGCAAGUCGUGGACACACCAAGAGAACCACAGGACAUGGAAGAAGAGUCGGUCACAGACACUGAGUCUGAAUCAGAACCAGACAGGAAUAGAUUGAGCAGCACAGGAUCUGAGAGUCUGAGUGAUAAUGGCACAGAAAAAAGAGGGGAAAAGUGGGAAAAAAGGAAUAUAAAGAAACGAAGCUGUAACCAGCCAGGUCCUUCCUCUCUCUGUACACCUAGCAAGAAGCGACAAUCCAAAGAAUCCAGCCAGUAUUUGAGACAAGAUCAAUCUGAACUUUUUGUUACAUGUGGGGAUAAAGAAGGUGUCCUGUAUGUGGAGAAAUAUAAUGACAGUACAGGUGCAGUUCAGAAAUGCAUCUUCAGUGAAGGCCAGUGGUUCAAGCCAAAUGAAUUUGAGAGGUUUGGAGGAAAAGAGAAGAACAAAAAGUGGAAGAUUAGCAUCUGUUGCAAUGGUAUUUCACUCCAGAAACUCAUAGAGAAUGGAUGUCUUUCGUCCUUUAAGAAAAGGAGGGUUCAGAAUGAACAGGAAAAUUCCCCUGAAUCCUCACCCAUUUAUGGCCGGCUCAGAAGAAGAAAGUGUAGGAGACAGCUGUUGUUCUCCAGCUCAGAUUCAGAUGGGAGCGAUGACGAUGAUGAUGAUGAUGACGAUGAUGAUGAUGAUGAUGAUGAUGACGAUGAUGAUGAUGAUGAUGAUGAUGAUGAUGAUGAUGACGAUGAUGAUGAUGAUGAUGAUGAUGAUGAUGAUGAUAACAACGACAACGACAACGACGAUGAUGAUGAUGAUGAUGCUAUUGACAUAAACAGUUCUUCAGAUGAGUCCAUAUCUGUUGCUGAAAGAGACAAACUGAACAGGAGAGAAGUUGUAAAUUCAACUGAAGCUGUCAGUAAACAGAUCACAGAACUGGUAGGAUCUACUGCCAGUGACAUAGAUUCACCUGCACGUCCUGUUGAUGCUUCAGAACGUGGAGUCUCUCCUGUCGUAAAGGAGAACGUCCAGACCACAGAUGACCCAACCGGAGCAGCACAGCUCAGCUUCAGCGCUGCCCCUGAAAGGCAGAACCCUGUUGCUUCUGAAGAGACUCAGGAAACAAGAAAAACACAGGACAUGGAAAGCAAGUCAGUCAUAGACAUAACCUCUGAGUCUGAAUCAGAAUCUGAAUGGGAUCUGGAGAGAAGCGCAGGAUCCGACAGUCCGAGUGAUAAUGAGAGAGAAAAGAGAGGAAAACAAGAGAAGAAAAGGAAGAUGAGGAAACGAAGCUGUAAACAGACAGGGCCGCACUCCCUCAGUACACCCAACAAGAAGAGCCCAGCCAAAGACUCCAGCCAGUAUUUGAGUCAAAAAUAUGAAAACAAACUUCCUGUUACAUGUGGGGAUAAAAAAGGCGUCCUCUAUGUGGAGAAAUAUAAUGACAAGCAGAAGUGCAUUUUAAGUGAAGGCCAGUGGUUCAAGCCCAAUGAGUUUGAGCGGUUUGGAGGAAAGGAAAGGUGCAAAAAUUCGACAAAAAGCAUCUUUUGCGACGGUAUUCAACUCCGGAAACUCAUAGAGGAUAGAGUUCUUUCACCAAUUAAGAAAAGACUGGUUCAGAAUGAACAGAUCGACUCUCCUGAAUCCUCACCUGUUACUGGCAGGCUCAGAAAAAGAAAGUUUUCACAGAGCAGGGAACAGCUACUCCCCUCCACCUCUGAAUCACAUGAUAUGGACAAUGGUGACGAUGGCAAUGAUGUUGAUGAGGAUGAUGAUGACCGUGAUGAUGAUGGUGACAUGACUGUGUUUGAAGGUCCAACUUUACCUGUUACCUGCGGUUCUACGUCUGGCAUCCUACACAAAUGUCGCUUUGCCAAAGGGCAUUGUGGGAGAUGCAUAAGGACAGAAGACUCCUGGCUGAGCCCCGAGGAUUUCAUCACACUGAACAAACCAAAUGGAACAUGGAGGAAAGACAUUGUGACCUAUGGGAUACCUCUAGGAAAACUUAUAAUGAAAAGAGUUUUGGAACCACAUAUGAUCAAUUGUGAUUGUGAGAUUUGUGAAGAACAAGAUCAAUACCUACAGAAUGAUGACGUGUGUUUCGUGUGUGACUCUGGGGGAGAUCUUGUGUGUUGUGACGAAUGUCCACGAGCUUUUCAUUCACACUGUCAUCUACCAGCUGCAGACGGAGACUCACUUGGAAGCCAGUGGAGCUGCACAUUCUGUGUGAUGAAGAAUACGAAAGAUUCCAGUCAAAAGACCCAACAGGAAGUUUUGAGCAGUCCAGUCUCUCAAUACAUACUGCACUGUCAGUACCUGCUGUUACACCUGCUACAUGAGAGCAUGACUGACCCCUGCACUAAUGUUUCAGGAUACAGUGAGAAUAUUUGUGGUCCCAUGAUGCUGGGCAGAGCAAAGCUGAACCUGGAGAAUAACGAUUAUCAAACAGUGCAAGAGUUUGUCUCAGAUAUUGAACAGAUUUUCAACAACUGUUGCACCUCCAGCGGAGAUAAUGACUCCAGUAGAAUGACCUCUAAGCUGAAGGAAGCAUUCAAAAAGGAGUUUGAAACUGUCUUUAAGCUCUUAUAACAUCAUUGAUUGUCAAUAUGUCAAUACAGAAGUUACUAUCAGGUUUUUAUAUUUUGAGCAACAAGAGGACAUUCAUUUUAAUAACUGACAGUUUUUGAAUGACAGCAACCAUGGUCAACCUCCAGUCAUUUAGCCUGUCCAUGUCAGUGUACCUUGAAGGUGAAGUGUGUCAUUUUUUGUGCCCUUAGCACAAAGUAGGUUUCCUAAACAGUCAAGUGGGUUUCCUAAAUAGUCAUUACAUUUUCUAUUGUUCAUACAAUCGAAAAUGUAAUCCACAGCCCUGCUCCAAAUUCACAGUAUUUUUUGAAGUUGUUUGACCACUCAAAUAAACACUGUACUGUUUUAAAAGUACUUCAAUGACGGCCAUUUGAACUCUUUUGGAAAUGAACCUAAAAUGCUUUAUUUAUAGUUGACUCUACAUAUUAAGCUGGAAUAGGAAAAUGAAUUUCAAAAUCGAAAAAUGUACACACUUGACAGUUGAAUCUAAAUGAACAUGUUUACAAUUCAUAUAUUUUUUUACACAUUGUUUAAAAAUAACAUUUUUUAUUCUGCGGACUUGAUUUUUUUUUUUUUUUUUUUGAUACAAUUUUUUUGAUACCAUUCUAAUAUAAUUUUUCUGAUACCAUUCUGUUAAAAAUGUGGACAGAAAUAUUUGAAAAUUCAAGUAUAAUAGUAAUGUCAAGUAUAAUAGUAAUAGUCUUUAAGUGCUCAAAAUGCAGAUAUUGACCUACUGUAAGAUGACAGGUGAGAACAAAUAACAUAUUGUGUAUACUAAUUAAACAAAUAACCACUCAUAAUGAAAUGUUUGGGUAAGCAAAAUAUGAUAUCCUUUUAUUGAAUAUUUCUCUUUCCAUUGUUUUAUGCCAAAACAAACAGUCCAAGAAGCAAAUAUUGCUUCAGUUUUAAAUGUACUAAAUUGCAAUUAUAAAUGUGUAUAAACUUCUAUCACAAUGGAAGUUUAUAAUCUUUUAUAAGCCUUUAAAACUGUUCAGGUGAGCAUGAAAUACAUGUAUAUAUUGAAAUAACCAGUUUUCCCCAUUUACAUGCAAACCAGUAAACUGACAAUGCAAUAAACCGCGUUUACGUGACUUUAUUAAUAAAUUGGGUUAUUUCCCUGUAGUGACAUCAAAAAGUAAUCAUUUGCAUGUCUGACUCGAAGUAUUUCAUAUGUUAUGUCAGUUGUGAUGUUAAAUAAAGCUUGCAACAUGUCAGCAGGAAA